UAGUCUUACCGUGCCGCUCAGUUCACAGCCAUGUGUGAGUGAUCUGUUCCGUUAGUGAUCGAUAGCAACAAGGACGAUACGCCACGCCGCUACCACUGCCUGACCUUACCACUGACCAUCGAAUCUAGGUGUUUUGCUGCUUGUCCAUACACAUCUCCUGUUAUUUGCAGAGAUAAUACUGUCAAAAUAAAACGAAAACAUCAGCUCCAAGUUUGACGGGAGACUUGGGACUAACUCUAAGCCCCCUCUGUCCUCCCACUAAUUCUUCUCAAACAGAUCUUACCAAGUCGUCGCAGUGGCCGCCAAACUGUAUCCCCAGCCAGCUCUACGUCUGCCCACUAGCGCGAUGAGGAAUGAUGAUGAUGAUGAUGAUGAGGCAGGGGUGCGGUUACUUCCGAGACCCCAUCAGUUAGACCCCAUCAGACCCCCAGGAUACGACGAGUAUAAGGAACUGACCAAUCACAGAGAGCAAGCUUUGUUCUAUUUCGCACUCGGACAAUCAGAAUAUUUUUUCAGAACAUUUUAGAACCAUUUCAAGAGUCAUGGAAUUGUAUGGAAAUAAAAGUUUGGGCAUGGAAGGAUUAGGUAUGCCAGACCACCAUGAGGCAUUCAACAACAUGCUUCAGAUGAAUGGUCUGGGUUUGGUCCAUCACAUAAAUGGAAGCCAACCUCCGCAGGUGGAUAUAAAUGGAUCUACCAAUUCACAGACAUCGGAGAAUCACAGGACCAAUGGCAACUCCACUCCAUCACAGCAUCUCAAUACAUCAAAUACUCAAAACAACAGUUCAUCAGCAGGUGGAAACUCAUCAGGUCGUUCAUCCCCAAAUGAAGACCCAGCAGCAGCAAAACUGUUCGUUGGUGGCCUCAGUUGGCAGACAUCACCUGACAAGCUUAAGGAGUAUUUUGGCAUGUUUGGCACUGUCACUGAUGUUCUUAUCAUGAAGGAUCCCCUUACACAGAGAAGCAGAGGUUUUGGAUUUAUCACCUUCUCAGAUCCGGAAACCGUUGAGAAAGUUCUCAAAGUGCCUAUUCACACACUAGAUGGCAAAAAAAUCGAUCCAAAGCAUGCAACUCCUAAGAAUAGGCCUAAACAGUCAAAUAGAACCAAGAAGAUAUUUGUUGGUGGUGUUAGUCAAGAUACUUCUUCAGAAGAAGUCAAGGCCUACUUUAGCCAGUUUGGAAAGGUAGAAGAAACUGUUAUGCUGAUGGAUCAGCAAACAAAACGUCACAGAGGCUUUGGCUUUGUCACUUUUGAGAAUGAAGAUGUCGUCGAUAGGAUCUGUGAAAUUCAUUUCCAUACUAUAAAAAACAAGAAGGUCGAAUGUAAAAAAGCACAGCCUAAGGAAGUAGUGGCACCUGGACUCUUACUUGGGAAGCGUGUUAUGGUUAUGGGUGGAAUGCGAAUGGCAGCUCCUACACCUGUCACUACUACUGGCCAGUUGGUGGCAGCACAAGCUCACGUCCAGGCUGCAGCGGCUGCUGCCGCAGCACAAAACGCAGCAGCAGCGGUUCAGAAUGCAGCAGCUGUGAGCUACGGAAAACUGUUCAGUGGUUAUCCCAGUUUGGCUGGAUACAGAUACGCUCCGUACCCUGUGGCAGCACUACCAGCAGCGGCGACACCCCCAAACCAGGCUACAAACCCGACUACACCAGGAGGUCUAAACCCAGCAACAGGUCUGGCACCCCCCACCAACCCCUACCAGGCAUACAGUUUGGCAAACGUGGACAUGUCUAGCUUCCAGGGUGUCGACUGGAGUUCCAUGUAUGGAAUGGGAAUGUAUGUUUGAAGCCCUUACUUCAGGCAUUAAGGACGCAUUACGUGAUAUCAUUGAACAGAAUUGUUUUUAAAUCUUUUUCAGUACUUAAAAGUCUUUCGAGUUAGAUCUGCUUUUGCUCAUUGAUGAAGUAACAAUAAUACCUUUUUCUGGGCUCUUUUUCUAAGCAAUAAAUUUGCAAUAAGCGACAGUAUUAGCAAUGCCCUUUACUGGAUCUUCCACUUAUUGGUUAAUUAAUAAUAAUACUCGGUAUAACUCGAAAAGGCGGUCAGUAAUAACUUUAAACAGAUCGCCGUUGUUAGUCUGCCUUGUUGUGUGUCACGUGGGUGCCGUAAACCCUUGGAAGUGUUGUACAGUGUUCAUAUUAGCUUUGUUUUACAGAGACGAGUGUUCUGUAUAUAUAACUUGAUCUCAAGUGGAAUUCCGUACAUGAAAGAGACAGUGGGCCUGGUCACACCACAACUCAUGUGGACUAAAUCUAGUCAUACACCUUUGAUUGUCAAUGUUCCACUCGUUAGUGAUAGUUAUUUAUUCGAAUUGUGCUUUUAAUUUUAACUAUUGACUAAAUUACUUAGCCUAAGUAAUGUUCCUGUUGUUUUCUGUUUCCUCAUGAUUGUUUGUUUUUAUUGAGUCGAGUUUGAAGCACCUGUUUACAUUCCAUAUUUCAUCCUCUUGGACUAGACUAAAGUUCUAAAUGGGAUUUUACCCAAAAUACAUCGAAUUUUAAACAUGUGAUUUUGUGGACCAAUUUUUUUAUUUUGAAGAUUGACUUCGGCCGAGUGUAGUCCUGUUAAAAGUUGUUGUAAUUUUAAGUUGUGUUAAAUUGCAUAAUGUUGAUUAGUAACGAUAGAGAAUGCUAAAAAAGAUUAUUGUUUCAUAAAUUAACUGGAAAAAUAUAGACAUGCUGUCUGUAACAAUUAUUUUUAUAAAUAUUUCACGCUGUUAAAACUGGAAAAUCCCAAGUGUGCUUCACCUCGCUUAAAGAGGUCAAAAGAUUUUCAAUACUCAUUUUUAUAUUUAAGGAUUGUAAAAACGUUACUGAACUUUAGGUUAUAUUUCAGUACCAAUAAUAAUGUUAUUAUCCAUCUUGGUUAUAAACUCUACAUCUAGUGAUUAUUGAUGCAACUGUAGUAUUAUAAGUAGAUUUUCUGAAAAUUCUCUGUAAAAACCCUAAAAUAUUGUUAAUCCAGUAAGAGCGAUAGUCUCUUAGCUUUUUAACUGGUUAAAUUUUGUCAGUAUUAAAUAAUUUUUGAAACUUUUGUAAUUUUAUUUUAAAUUUUAUUUGGGUUUUGGCAGAGAAUUGAAUUUAGUGAAAGGAAAACGUGAUCAUUACUAAACAUUUUGAAAUAUUUUUGUUUGAUAUUUGUUUGUGGUUUUAACCAUUUUUUAUUUUGCGUUUUAUUCAUAAAACUGAAAAUGUCACUUUUUCCUUUUGCUUAGGUGACAAUAUGCAACAGCAAUAAAUGUGUUAGAAGUGGAGAUGAACCCUCUAUUUUUGUAUUCUCAUUAAAAUGAAAAAUAAAGUAAGUUUGUAACUUUGUUUGCGGGUUUA